GAAGAAGCAAUCUCGAUAAAUCGUGCCUGCCUUGCUCUUCGUCCGCGAGGUCACCCUCGGCGAGACACUGCUUUGACAAACUUGGCGUUCGGACUUUCGGAGCGAUUCAAAGUAGGAAAGCGAGAUGAGGAUAUCGAUGAAGCAAUCAUGCUUGAGCGGGAAGCUCUAUCUCUCCGUCCUGAAAGUCACAACAAUCGAAGUCAGCUGCUAAAUACCCUUGGUUAUAAGCUUUACCUUCGGUAUACGCACCGUGGCAAUCCGUCAGACAUUGAAGAAUCAAUAGAACGGCUACGCGCUGCACUAGCUCUUUGUCCUGAAGGCCAC